ACAGAGCGGAUCUGUAGAGGGUUUGAGCCGGCGGAACCGCGAAAACACUAAAGAAGGCUGGCACAUCAUGCCCAUAUUCGAUCGUGCCAGAGCAUCUCGCUGCUCACUGGACCACGAUAGGGCAUAUGGUCUGGCCAGUCUUCUUCCAAAAUCGAUGAAAGCGCUCCUUGCCCCCGACUACACCAUGUCGGUGAACGAUUCGUACAAGUCCUUGGCUCGAGCCUGGAUCCAAGCCCGGGCGGACCUGGAGAUAUUGACACAGUCUUCAAUUUUGCGUGACCGCGACCUGCCAAGCUGGGUACCGGACUGGAGAGUCUCGGAACACAUCCGUCUUUUCUCGGGAGCAAAUUGCCCGUAUGAUGCAUGUCGAAGCACGAAAGGUUCUUUUGCCUUUAUCAAUGGAGGCAACACGCUUGUGGUAUCUGGUCUCCUUGUUGACAAAAUCGAUGGACUCGGCAGAGAAUCAGGCCUGGUGCGAGACUGUCAGCGCGGUGUCGUACAACCUGAGCAAAGACUCAAUGCUUACGAGACCACCCACGCGUUGUUUGAUUCGCUAUGGCGAACGAUGCUUGGAAACAUCACGACAGCCGGCCAUCAGCUAUCAGUAUCAAACAGUCAUGUGUUAGCACUCGUACUUCCACUCCAAGAAGAAGCCCCGGGGCAUACUGGUGAGCAGCGAAGCGCCCCUGCGUCUACACGACUUGAACAAUUGAAGCGCAGAGUGUUCGACAAUCGAGAACUCCAUGUUGGCGGCAUACCCCUAGGGGAUCUGAUUGCUUCGCAGAGAGACAUUCAGCUCCAGCAAGGCACUCCUGUGGGUGGAGGCAAGGAUCUUGACGUUGCUCUCGAGCAGUCGUAUCGCUUCUCUCGGCUCAAACGACUCGCAACAACGACGAGUGGUAGGCUUGCCAUGGUGCCCGACUGGACACUGCCUGGAGACUAUAUCGGUGUGCUUAUGGGAAGCGACGUUCCAUUAGUGCUUCGCAAGAUUGAACCAGGUGGUGGCGCAACCAACGAGCUGUCGUUCCACGUUGUUGGGGGGUGUUACGUUCAUGGGCUCAUGCACGGCGAGGCCCUCGAAAGUGAAACACCGAAUCUCCAAGAAAUUCAACUGCAUUGAGAACCUGGCUUAGGGAGAUAGCUGAAGAACGAUUUGACCUGCUUCCAACAGGUCCACGUAUGGAAGCACGUCCCUUAGACGAGACGUGAUUUCAAUAGAUUGGGAAGAGCUUCAAGUGCAGGACGACGUCGCGGAUCUCUGUGCACCAUGUCUGCCACCACGUCCAGGACGGGCCCAUUUACGAGGCAGGAAACCCGACUGUGCAACGCGAGGUCGUCUAUAUCUGUGAAAUCUAGCCACGGCACGAGUCGCAGGCUUCGGAGCCACAAAACUAUGCGGUCGAUCGUGUGGGCGUAACCCGGCUGUCGAUACCACGGUUGGCGGAUGUGUUCCUGGAGUCGGAACACGUGGUAUUCUUCAAGUG